AUGUCUAAGAGGCUUAUUCUUGCCUCUACUACGGUUGCAUCAUUACUAUUAGCUCGACAUGAUCCUGCCCAUUUCCCAUCUUCAACCUGGACAUUUUUGGGAAUAUCCACACUCCUUCUCACCGGACUUUUUGUCUACAAUGCAGUUAUAUUUCCAUUGAUGCUCUCACCAUUCAGGCACCUACCGACUCCGAAAGGUGCUAACUGGCUUCUUGGCCACUUCCUUGAUAUCCACCGCAGCGCGACUGGAGUGCCGCAGUUAAGAUGGAUGGAGGAGCUUCCCAACAACAAUGGUCUGAUUCGGUACCGAGGACUUUUCAACGGGGAACGAAUCGUGCCCACUUCGGCAAAAACCCUGAGUGAGGUGCUUCAUCAGAAGAGUUACAGUUUCAUUAAACCAGACUUUAUGCGUAACGGUAUCGGUCGAAUCCUAGGAUUGCAGGGGAUCCUCUUUAGUGAGGGCGACGAGCACAGACAUCAACGAAAGCUUCUGUUACCAGCGUUUUCGCACUCUCAGAUCAAAAACCUAGUCCCAACGUUCUGGGAUGUUUCCCUCGAACUCACGGAGAAGAUCAGCGAGAUUGUAUCUGCGUCUGUAGAAACGCCGGUGAUCGACAUGUCACAUUGGUUCUCCCUUGCAACCCUCGAUAUCAUCGGUCUUGCCGGAUUUGGGUACCAGUUUAAUGCUCUUGCAUCCGUCAAGAAUGGGGAUGCAACGUCUGAGAGCGGUUCCGAACUUGCGCAGGCAUAUAACACAAUCUUUAAAACGCCUGCUGUCGCACUAGCCAUGCAUAUCGCCCGUCUCGUCUUUCCAAGAUGGUUCCUCAGGCUCCUUCCUAUUAAACGAACUCAAGAAGUAAAGGAAGCUUCGAAGGUGGUCAAGCGCGUUUCCCUUGAAAUCAUCGAUGCCAAAAAGCUGGAGAUCGCAGAAAAGAAGGCUGUCACGGACAGGGAUAUCCUUUCAGUCAUGUUGAAGAGCGGUCAAUACGAUGGGCCCGGUGGUGUCGAGAUUAUGAGGGAUCAAAUGAUGACCUUCCUUGCCGCAGGACAUGAAACUACUGCCACUGCAAUGAUUUGGGCACUUUAUGUUCUCUCUCUUAAGGAAAAUAUUCACAUACAGAAUCGUCUCCGCGAGGAGAUACGUGAUGCUUUCCCUCACGGAAUACCAGAGAAAGUCUCCUAUGAGCAGAUUGAGUCCUUGAAAUAUUUACGCAAUGUAACCUCUGAAGUUUUGCGGAUUUACCCGCCAGUCACCUUGACCGCGCGAUAUGCAGCUGAAGACACAACGCUCGGUGACCAGUUCAUUCCCAAGGGAGCUCAUAUCGUUAUUGUGCCAUAUGCAAUCAACCGGAGUAAAGAGCUAUGGGGUGAAGAUGCAGACCAGUUUAGGCCUGAUAGGUGGAAUGAAGGGCAGGGUGAGAGCAAUUAUGCAUUUUUGACAUUUCUUGCUGGACCGAGAGGUUGUAUUGGAAACGUUUUUGCAAAGUUGGAGUUUAAGUGUCUGUUAGCAGCGAUGAUUGGGAAAUUUGCCUUCGUAGAAGCAGAGGAAGGGAGAGAAAUUGUUGUCAGGGGCGGCAUUACAGCCAAACCUAUUGGUGGAAUUCCGCUAAAGGUCAGUAUAGUUGAGGGGUGGUAG